AUGGCUCUAAGAGUCAAUCCCAUAACAGCCCAACUGGGCAAGUUAUCGAUAGGUAUAUCACGGACGAGUAUACGUUUCGUAUACAACCAGACGACGUUACCGCGGACGAAAGAGGAAAAGCGACGGAAAGAAUUAGAGAGAUCCAAAUUACCACCACACCACGGCGAGAAGAUAUGGAUAUUCAACCAUUUCUUAGAGGGCUUCACGGUCUAUUCGCACAGUCCUAUAUUAAAAGCGAACAAAGCCCUUAGACAAAUCCCCUUCAACGGCAAGAAACUCAAACCCUCGAAACUUCGAAAAGACUACUGGAAACCCCUAGCCAUGAUCCAAUUCCCCGAGGGCUACGGCGAAGUAGGAAGAAGCGUAUUCCAACGAUUGCGAGAAUGCAAGAUGUUCCAUGAACUCUCGUGGGGUGACGACAUGUACUUCAGCGAGGAUGGCAAACCCUUGACAAAAAUCGAACGAGGCAGAAAACUCAACAACCAAAAAGCCAACACAAUUGCCGAUAUGGCUGCCGUACUCGGAGGACAGGGCAAGGGCAACAAGAUAUGGGCGACCGUGCCGGAGAAAAUAGAAGAUAUCGUCAACGUAGAAGCGAGUGACGAGAAUAACGUCAAACAUGGCGAGGAAGGCCCUAAGGCGCUGGUAAAGGCCACGGUUUGGUGGACGAAUGAUCAAGACCAGAAUUACGCAACAAGUUGGCCUUCCAACGUUAGCCACUACCGUUUCGACCAAGCAACUUUAGAAAAGAUGAAGGUCGAGGAUGAUGCAGAAGGAGGGGAUGGUACAAAAUCACCAGAGGCACCGGCAGAAUUAGUGGCAGAACAACAACUUCAGAAGGGAUCAGAUCAGAGGACAUCGGUAUAA